AUGGACAGCGACUUCAUCGACGAGGAAUUCGUUCACGGGAAGGAGAUAGAAAAAAUAAAAAAAAAAAAGGAAGCAAUUCUAGACUGCCUCAAGAGUGUACUCGACCCAGACUUAAAAAAAAAUAUUGUCGAAUUAAAUUUUGUAAGAAACUUAAAAGUUGAAGAAACGGAUAGUGGAAAGUACGUUAUCCACUUUGAUUUGAAUCUGACCACCCCUGCUUGUCCGGUGAAGGACGAACUGUUGGAAGAGUGCCAGAAGAAAUUGCGCUCCUACGAAUGGAUUGAAGAGACGAACAUUAACACCACAUUUGUAAAUUUUAAUGAACAUGGUGAAGAAGAAACAUGGAAGAAAAAAAAAAACAAAAAAAUUGAAAAUGUGAUAGUUGUGUAUAGCUGUAAAGGUGGAGUUGGGAAGUCCUUCUUUUCGGUAAACUUUUCUUUUUACUUAAAAAAGAAGGGGGCAACUGUGGGGCUGCUGGAUGCGGAUAUUAACGGGCCCAGCUUGCCGACGUUGCUCCCCUUUGGACAUUCCUAUGCUAGGUUUAAGAGCGUCCCGCGGGGGGGCGGUAAGAUAUUCUACGAAGGGGAAACGGAGAAAAGGGAAAGUGCUCUGGAAGACGAUCUGACGGAAAAAGGGGUAGAUGACGAUCCCGGCGGGUACGACGCAGACCGACGCGCUAUGCACCAAAAUGACCGCCUUUUGGAAGACCCCCUCAUCGAGCCACUCCUCUAUGACGGUGUGAAGCUCAUGUCCUACGCAUACAUAAAAAAUCAGAAGAACUUAGGGUUUGCCUCCUUCAGGGGACCCAUCCUAAACGAGUUAAUAAAAGAAUUCAUAAACCAAGUAAACUGGGGAGUCUUAGAUUAUCUAAUAAUAGACCUCCCCCCGGGAACAAACGAUAUACAUUUAAAUCUGUUCGAGUCGGAAGACAUCGAUGGAGUCAUCAUGAUAACCACCCCAAACGAUCUGUCCAUAAAUGACGUAAAGAAAGGAAUAAACAUGUGCACCCAUUUCAACAUUCCAAUUGUUGGCCUUGUAAUAAAUAUGAACUCCUUCAUCUGUGACGGCUGUGAGAAAAAUCACCAGCUUUUCAACAACUGUGAUGUGAAGGAACUGAAGGAGGCAUUUAAUAACGUGUAUGAAGUGCCCUUUCAUCCUUUGCUCUCCAAAAAUGUCUACCAUAAUGACCACACAGGAGAAAGACACUUCCCCUUUAUCCUUUCGUUUGAAGAUCACCACCUGGUUCACCUGUUGGAAAAUGUCUUCCAAAGUUUAACUCGAGAAAUAGCAAGGAUAAAAUUUCAGCACAAAUUAAAUUUGCCUUCCAUUCAGAUUUAUAAAAAAAACUUUCUCCAAUUAUCCUUCGACUCGAUUGACAACAAAUUUGUUUUUUCGGAUGACGUGUUGGUUUGCCACGUGAGGGACGUUCGUCGUAAAUGUCCUUGUGAUCGUUGCAAAGUGUUGGAAAAAAAGAAGAAAAAAAAAAUACAGGAUGGUAACUUACACGUGAAGGAAAUUGUUAAGCUGGGCAUUUACAACGUUAAGAUUGUCUGGUCCGAUAUGCACGUCUCCGUUUUUUCGUACUCCCAAUUGAAGCACAUUUUUCUGAGUUCACGCGUGACUGGGGGAAAUGCUAUGUGCAGGACGGGGGCCAGUGCCUCCUUCGAGUGGUAA